AUGUAUUUUCAUCUGAAAUGCGGCUUCGCACUUCUGAGCAAUGCCCAGCCCAAUGUCCCCAAGCCCGACAAUGCCAAGGGUUUUCCCAGUGGGAUCAACCGCCUUUUGACCCAGUUCCCGACUCUGCAACCAGUCAUUUCGAGCGCACCACUGGGCAAAAGAAAUAUAGCGGAACGAAUCAAGAACAAGGAACAGCCCGGUAUUCGCCACGGCUUCCGUGCAUGCGUUUGGCGUGUUGCAGUACCAGAUACCCCUAGCAGUUAUUGCCUCCACAUCAGAGGCAUCGUGUCCAUGGCCGCUGCAGCAUAUGACUUUGAGACUGGCCGGAUAAUAUGGGAUGACAUCUGUGCCAAAGGGGAGUUGCUUCGCGAGCGGUCCAGCUUUGAGCCAGCCGUUUCGUCCCCCCGGCUUGAGGCGCUCUUUGAAUUCCUCGGUGGAUUCGCAGUCAUAUUGUAUAAUGUUGAAUUUCUCUGCAAGCGCUUUUCGGCGGGCAAAGUCUAUCUUCUGAACGCUCGAGUCGAUAAAUAA